GUUGAAGUCCUAGCAUUGGUUACAAGUUCAAACUGAAAGGAUGCUCUGUUGACUAAUGGACCUGCAUCUGGUGUGGACGGCGCCUCCUAUGAAGUCAUGCAGAUCGACGUGGAAAUCGAAGAGCCCAGUGACCUGCCGGCCACGCAGCUCAUCACGUGGCAGGUCGACUACCCAGGAGGCAUCACAUCCGACCUGGGGGUGUCCAAGAUCUACGUGAGCCAGAAGGACUUGAUCGGCAUCGUCCCGCUGGCCAUGGAGGCAGAAAUCCUGAACACAGCCAUCCUCACUGGGAAGACGGUGGCCGUGCCCGUGAAGGUGGUCUCUGUGGAGGAGGACGGCACGGUGACGGAGCUGCUGAAGUCCGUGGAGUGCCAGUCGUCUGAUGAAGAUGUAAUUAAGGCAGCCUGGCACACUUCCAGUCCGCAGGGGACAGGGGCUGCCACACGGCAGAGCUGCGGUGACAGAGGCACCCUGGCACCUCCUCCGAGCCGGCCCCCCCAGCAGACGCCGCAGGUUGGCCAGAGCCACCCCGGACUCUCGCCUUUCCGGGAACAGUUCGGACACCCUCCCCUCCCACCCCCAGCCCGCUUCCUCUCGUGGACUCUGGCCCACAGCAGCAGCCGGGCCCCCUCCCUGCUCGCUCUCCGCGCCAGGGCCUCGCCUGGGCCUCGGCUGUAA